CCUUUCCCGGGAAGGGAGGGAGAGUCGGGUCUGGGCAGGGUGGAGCGCGCCUGGCCUUAGCCCUCAUUUCUGAGGCUCUGGUUCCCUCCAAACAGAUCGAGGACCGGCGGGAAGGCAAAGUCAUCCUGGGGUGGAGCCGUCCCUGAGGAUUUCAUUGGCUGUCUUUGGCCUGUGUGGAGGGGAAAGUGAGAAGGAAGUGAAAUGGCGGAAAUAGAGAGGGACAAGAAAAAAGAUGUCCUUGGUGGAGAGUGUAGAGUCCCAGGCCACAGCAUCUACCCAACACUCUCCUUCCCGGAGGAGAGCUAUUCUAGGAACCGGUUUUUGAUGCAGAGAGGAAAUAUUGGGCGCUUCUUGAAGAGCAGGACUACGCCGCUUCGGGGAAUGGUGCCUUGCAGAGCUGAACUAGAAACCUCUAAUGAGGUCACCAGUGAGAAGUUGUGCAGAGCCCAGCAUGAGCUUCAUUUCCAAGCUGCCACCUAUCUCUGCCUUCUGCGCAGCAUCCGAGAACAUGUGGCCCUUCACCAGGAAUUUCAUGGCAAGGGUGAGCGCUCAGUGGAGGAGUCGGCUGGCUUAGUGGGUCUCAAGUUGCCCCAACAGCCUGGAGGGAAGGGCUGGGAGCCAUGAAAAUGGAGAGAUUCCUUGGAUGCUGCCUUCAUACAAGAAUUUAAUAAUUUCUAUCAAUAUGUAUUUAUCAUUAAAUUUUUUUUAAAGUUUA